AUGGGUUACUUUGUUCCACACUCCAAAUUAGCCAAUUUAAAAAAAUAUAAAUAUCAGGGCGAAGACCGUUCAUUGAUUUCUCAAUAUGUUUUAAAACCAUUUUGGCAUCAAUUUGUCAAAAUAUUCCCAUUAUGGAUGGCUCCAAAUGUAGUUACAUUGUCUGGAUUUGGUUUUAUUAUUGUGAAUUUAUUAACUUGUUUAUAUUAUGAUACUACAUUGACCCAAGAAACCCCACGUUGGACAUAUUUCUCUUAUGCUUUUGGACUAUUCAUGUACCAAACAUUUGAUGCCUGUGAUGGUACACAUGCUCGUAGAACGGGUCAAAGUGGUCCGUUAGGUGAAUUAUUUGAUCAUUGUAUUGAUUCUUUAAAUACAACAUUAUCAACAAUAGUUUUUGCAUCUACCUUUCAAUUAGGUUUUGGUUAUAUGCUUUUACUGUGUUCAUUUGCCACAUUAUGUAAUUUUUACCUAAGUACUUGGGAAGAGUAUCAUACCCAUAAGCUAUUUUUAAGUGAAUUUAGCGGCCCAGUGGAGGGGAUCUUGAUGAUUUGUGGGGCCUUUAUCAUAACUGGUAUUUACGGUCCUCAAGUUGUCUGGCAUACCAAACUUUUUGAAAUUAAAGGUUUUGCUGUCGAAACUGUUCAUUUGUGUUUUUUCUUUUUGGGUUUUGCCUUGUUAUUUAACGUUAUUUAUGCCAAGAAAAAUGUUUCUGACUAUUAUCUUCAGCAGUCAAAUAAUGAGGAUGAGCCAACGGCAUCUAAGGCGGCAGAAUUCCAAGUUGCUUAUGCCAAUUGUGGAUUAUUACCCUAUUUUUUAUUUUUUGCUAGUAUAACUACUAUCGUUGUCAUAGAACCUUCUUUUAUGUCAUUGCCAUUUUUAUUGACAAUUGGUUUGGCUUUUGCCUUUUCUGUUGGUAGAAUUAUUGUUGCACAUUUAACAUUGCAAAAGUUUCCGAUGGUUAACGCACCAAUGUUUAUUCCAAUUUUAGAAUUUGUCUUGGAAAUUUUUCUAGUUGAAAUGUUGGGCUACGAUAAAACUAUUACCAUUAACAAUUUGUUGUGGUUAGGUUUUGGCUUAUCUCUAGGUAUUCAUGGUAUGUUUUUAAAUGAUAUCAUUUAUGAAUUUACCACCUAUCUAGAUAUUUAUGCUUUAUCUAUUAAACAUCCAAAGAUUGCUUAA